AUGGCAUUGAAUACGACGAGACUCCCAGGGCAGGGUCUUUGCCCAGCACCGUUCCUACAAGAAGAUCUCUUCCCUGGAGCGGGUGCUUUUGUCGAGGGAAGAUUCUGUUCAGCGAUCUUAGGACCUUCAUGCUGUUUGCCUUGUCCGCAGACACAAUGGCUAUACGCAGACAAUUUCGACGCCAUCACUCAUUCGGCAAGUUGGUUAAACGUUGCGGGAAUGGUUUGCUCUAUGUUCCUGAUUCUCUCCUUUGCUUUUCUUCCAGUCGAGAAAACCCAUCGCCAUUACCUCUCUGUUUGCUUAGCGGUAGCAAUUAUCAUCAUGCAGUUGGGGUUCAUUAUCCCAUUAGGAGCAAAGCCAGAACAAUGCUUUGACGCCAUUACUCCACACGACAUGGAUAGUAGUGCAACGUGCGCAGUUUCGGGUGCAAUGUUGCUUGCUGGAGGGUGGUGUGCUGUCAUGUGGAUUUUCCUCAGAGCUCUGGCACUCCAUCUUCAGAUCUGUUGGCAGAUAGUAAUUGGAAAGUCUUUCAUGUGGGGAGCACUUGCUGCAGGUUGGGGUAUUCCAGCCAUCGGUUUGACAUUAGCAUUGAUUUUCAGUGGAGUAUCGUUCCGAUUUGGAGAUACCUGCCAUAUCAAUCACAAGAACAGUCUGGCGGCAUUCUGGAUUCCUUUACUGGUUUUCGCAGCUGUCACCGUCAUCAUUCAAUUUGGGACAUUCGGAUACUGCAUCAAAGUCUACCUCGCUUCUCUUAGAGAUGACUCAACGACAACGAACAGCUCCGGCAUCAGGUCAUUCAACAACAGUGUUCGGGGAACCAUAUCGCCCCGACAGGCUCUCCGUCGAGUCCGUCGGGUCCUCGAACUUCAGUGGAGAGGAAUUGCAAUCGUACUGCUUAUCAUCGCGGACGUUGUCUUCUUCGCUGUCGUGUUUGUCUUCAUGGACGAUCUCGAGGCGAGCACACUCAAGAACCCAACCAAGGCUAUCGGGUGGUUGGGAUGUUUGGUUCAGACUGGGGGCGACAAGAACGCAUGUCUCAACCUCGCCAGCAAUCUGGUGAUCAACGAGCCGACAGUGAUGGCGGUUCUUGUAUUGCUAUCGCUGAACGGGAUCUGGUCUCUGCUUUUCCUCGGUCGCUUCUCAAUGUUUACUGGAUGGUAUGAGAUGGUGAUGGGUAAAGUGAAGCCCAAUCACGAGUUCGUCAGCGCAGAUGUUCGCGCUUUCAAAGACCCGAGCUCCUACGAGAUGCUUAGUCGAGACCGAGAUACUGGCAAGACGCCUGAAGCUUUGGUCUCGUAUCCUAUUACACCUUUAUCGCCUCCAGCGGCAAAGAGUGGGCGAGAGACACCAGACUACUUCGGACGAGAAGCCCGCUACAAACCUGACACCCGCUCUUUCUCAAACCCAAAACCGCCUACAGCAAAGGACGGUUUGGACAGAUCUCCCACUACAAGUCCUAGACCCUACCAGUAUCCCGGCAUGGACCCGUUAUCGAUGAAUAAGAUCUAA